GGGGAAGAUGAAUCUUACUGAUUAAUUUUAUUAGUAGACAUUAGUGCAGUUGACUUCAUUUAAGCUACAUUUAAUGUCUACUGGAUGUGCGACUACCGUGUAUUAAUAGGAGUUAGUGUAAAGUAAAGGGGUGGGGGGAAUUAAGGGGAAGACGAGCGUCGUUUGGGUCAAGAUGUCGAUUCAGUACGGGGAAGCACUGGCGGACAGCUACGGAGUGGCCGACUCGUUUCCUAAAGAUUUCGGUUAUGGAGAAGAGGAGACGGACAUUGAGGACAGUCCUUCUUCCUCCGACAGCAAGCCGAGGAUCCUGCUGAUGGGCCUGCGGAGGAGCGGCAAGUCCUCCAUUCAGAAGGUUGUGUUUCAUAAAAUGUCUCCCAAUGAGACCCUGUUUCUGGAGAGCACAAAUAAAAUCUACAAGGACGACAUCUCCAGCAGCUCCUUCGUCAACUUUCAGAUCUGGGACUUUCCUGGUCAGGUGGACUUCUUUGACCCCACAUUUGAUUAUGAGAUGAUCUUCAGAGGCACCGGAGCUUUAAUAUUUGUCAUAGAUGCACAGGACGACUACGUGGAGGCUCUUGGCAGACUCCACUUAACGGUAUCACGGGCCUAUCGCGUAAACCCCGAAAUCAACUUUGAAGUGUUCAUCCAUAAAGUUGACGGCCUGUCUGACGACCAUAAGAUUGAGACACAGAGGGAUAUCCACCAGAGAGCUAAUGAUGACCUGGCUGAUGCCAGCUUGGAGAAAUUGCAUCUUAGCUUCUACUUGACGAGCAUCUACGACCACUCUAUAUUCGAGGCAUUCAGUAAAGUGGUUCAAAAGCUAAUCCCACAGCUGCCCACUCUGGAGAACCUGCUCAACAUAUUUAUUUCUAAUUCAGGGAUAGAGAAGGCUUUCCUGUUUGACGUGGUCAGUAAGAUCUACAUAGCAACAGACAGUUCGCCGGUGGACAUGCAGUCCUAUGAGCUGUGCUGUGACAUGAUUGAUGUAGUAAUUGACGUCUCAUGUAUUUAUGGAUUAAAGGAAGAUGGCAGUGGUAGCGCGUAUGAUAAGGAGUCGAUGGCCAUCAUUAAACUCAAUAACACCACUGUGCUCUACCUGAAAGAAGUUACAAAGUUUCUCGCCCUUGUCUGUAUACUCAGAGAGGAGAGCUUUGAGCGUAAAGGCUUAAUAGACUACAAUUUCCACUGCUUCCGGAAAGCGAUUCAUGAGGUGUUCGAGGUCGGCCUGUCCACACCGAGGAUGGGUGCCCAGGCAGUCGGAACGCCCUGCUUAAUGAAGACAGUGGCAAUGAACGGCACCCCAAGGAGCACUGUGUAGGAAAUGUCCAGUGGAGAGGGGGAACAGAUUCGAGAGAAAGUGGGAGUCGGGGGUAAAGACAGAAAGACUAUAAAUGGGAGGCAUACUAACAUGCCAACCAUUUUCUGUGCCCCCAAAUGCCUUAUAAUCAGAGCAAAGGACUCUAAAGCAACUGAAAGAAAACUCGGCCGAACACGGCUAAGAUAGAAGAUGGAAGGGGAAAGGCGCCAGCCAGGGUUAACGGCUGUCUUUGUGUUUUCAAGUGGCAUAAACUGUUUCAAAUAAUAAUCCUGGGUCCGAAUCAGUAAGGGCAAAGAGACAUUGCGGCCCUGUCUGUACCAAGCCUCACCCUGAGAGCCAAGAGAAGCUAAAAACACAUAAUACUUAUCUGCUGCAGGGUUGCAAGGUGACCAUGCAGUGCACCCCAGGUUUAAUCCUCAGAUAUAGUGGAAAUUGGGUGACCGUGAUGUGACUUGGAAAUCUGUCGAGAAACUAGGUGCAGUGUGUGUGCAUUAUACUGAGGAGACUUGGGGUACCUGCUUACGACAUUGACCUAAUCCUGUUUCCUUCGCUGUGGCGUUUUUAAAGCAUUUCUGAGGAGUGUGAAAAGGGAUUUAAUUAUAUUGUGUAGCUUGAAUGUGUGUGAUUAAGGUGAAAUGCUUGGAUUGUAUGUUUGCGUAUGUCUGUGGGACUGUUUACGAAUGUGCGUUUCUGUUUUGUCUGCUCGGGCUCAAAAAAGAUGUCGUGGCCUCACACAGGGCUGCACAGUCGCAAAGAAAAAAGUGAUUAAUAUUUAAUUGAAAAUAAACGUCAAUAAUGUCACAUUGUGUUUCACAGAAAUCCUCACGAUUUUAUUGAGAACGUUUACCGAACACUCGUGUAAUGUGUAAUGCUGUUCAUAACCAAGUCUGAUCGUAAUGCAUCAGACUAAUUAAUCACUGUCUUUUGCAAUUAAUUCAAAUCGGAUCUACAAUUUAGAUAUCGAUCGAUUAACUGUGCAGCCCUACUCACACUUAAUGUUACACAACUGGAAAACAACUGUGCAGAUACGUGGUAGGGCACUUUCAUUGUUCUCACUUCUGUUAAUUGCUUGCUUUCACCGACCACACUUCAGCACAUGAUGUUUCCAAGACGAUUGGUGAUGUGGUACCGCUAUGUGCUCUCAGUUUCAUGUUCACUUUCACUCUCUUCACGGAAUUAUCAGUAUUUUGUUUGAUACGGAAGAUCAAUCAUAAUACUAAUUACACAUAAUCAUAGAAUUCCACAUUGUACCCGACAUCACACUUAUUCCACGCAUGUAGGGAAAUGUGCACUAAUUCAAUAUUAAUACGAUCAAAGAAGAACCAACCAAAUCCGUCAGUUUCUCUAACCCUCUUGUAAUUCUUGCUUUCCUUCUCAGACUGCAUAUGUGAUUAUAGCUGUAUUCUGUUCUGCAAAAAUGUUAUCAUUCAAAUUAAAUAAAACACAAGUUAUUCUAA